AUGUCCGUCACCGUUGUUCUCGGAGCCCAAUGGGGCGAUGAAGGCAAGGGCAAGCUCGCCGAUAUCCUGGCCCACGAGUCCCAAAUCUGCUGCCGUGCCCAGGGCGGUAACAAUGCGGGACACACCAUCGUCGCGAACGGCGUCACCUACGACUUCCACAUCCUACCGUCCGGUCUCGUCAACCCAAACUGCAUCAAUGUCAUCGGAAGCGGCUGCGUAGUCCAUGUGCCGAGCUUCUUCAAAGAGUUGGAGGCGCUGGACAAGCAUGGAUUGAACACGGAGGGCCGGAUAUACAUUUCGGACAGGGCGCAUGUCGUGUUCGAUGUGCACCAGCUGGCAGAUGGCCUGGAGGAGGUGGAGCUGGGUGGAGGCUUCAUAGGCACCACGAGGAAGGGCAUUGGCCCAACAUACAGCAGCAAGAUGACGCGCAGCGGCCUCCGAAUGUGCGACCUCUUUGACGAAAAGAUCUUCGAGCAGAAGUUCAGGAGAAUGGCGUCAGGAUAUCAGAAGCGAUUCGGCGACCUGUUGAAGUACGACCCUGAGGAGGAGAUCGCAAAGUUCAAGGACUUGCGCGCAAAGCUCGCACCUUACGUUGUCGACCAAGUCCCACUUCUCGCAUCUGCAAAAGAGAAGAACGCAAAGAUCCUAGUAGAGGGUGCGAAUGCUCUUAUGCUCGACAUCGACUACGGGACAUACCCCUUCGUUACGUCGUCAAACACUGGCCUUGGUGGCGUCCUCACAGGACUCACCCUAGGCUGGCGAUCUCUCAGGGAAGUCAUUGGUGUCGUGAAAGCGUACACCACUCGUGUCGGAUCCGGUCCUUUCCCUACCGAACAACUCAAUGAGCUUGGUGAUAAACUCCAAUCAGUCGGCCACGAAGUCGGCGUCACAACAGGCCGCAAGCGCCGCUGCGGUUGGCUAGAUCUUGUCGUAGUCAAGCACUCGCACGCUUGCAACGAUUACACUGCCAUCAACCUCACGAAACUUGACGUUUUGGAUGACUUCGAAGAGCUCAAGGUCGCGACAUCCUACUCUGUCAACGGUGAGGUACUUGAAGGCUUCCCGUCUAAUCCUGAUGUGUUGGCGCAAGUCGAGGUGCAGUACGAGACACUCCCGGGAUGGAAGAAACCCACAACAGGCGCAAAGACCUACUACGAUCUUCCGGUAAACGCGAGAAAGUACAUUGAUUACAUUGAGAGCUUCGUGGGUGUCAAGGUCAAGUGGAUUGGUGUGGGACCGGCACGUGACCACAUGGUUACGAGACCAUAG